AUGAUCGGUGCGACGAGGCGCUGGUUCCAGCGCAAUCGCAAAGGUCUUGCAAUCGGGGCUGGGGUGAUAGGAGCCGGUUACUUGGCCGGGCAAUAUGUGCUGUCCAAGAUCUCCGAGGCACGGGAGCGCAUGAGCAGUGAUCGGAUUGCUCGCGAAAAUCUCCGCCGACGAUUCGAACAAAACCAGUCUGAUUGCACAUACACUGUCCUUGCCUUAUUGCCGACCGCCACCGAGAAUAUUAUUGAUGCCCUCCCGGUUGAGGAGUUGACCAAGGAGCUGCAGCAGAAGCGAGCAGAGAGGUUGGCUCGGCUGAGUGCAGGGGAGGCAACUGGGUCCGAUCAGAGCUCAGUGUCCCCGAGUCUACCGGACGAUGAUCGAAGGAGCCUCUCUAGUUUCCAGAGUGAGGGAUAUUUGCACGCAAGCCAGGUCGGGGACUCUUCUUUGAACUUAGACGGACGACCUCGGCCUAAACGGAACAAGACACAGCUGUGGAAUGAGGUGAAAAUAUCCUCUGUCACUCGGUCUUUUACUAUGAUCUACACUCUUUCCUUACUUACUAUCUUCACUCACAUCCAACUCAACUUACUCGGCCGUCGGAACUACCUAUCAAGCGUGAUUUCCCUUGCUACACCACCUGCCAACACCUCGACAAUCCGUCUUGAAGACCACGAUGAUGAACUCACUCAAACAUUGGGCGAUGACUUUGAGACCAACCGACGUUACCUCGCCUUUAGUUGGUGGCUGCUUCACCGUGGAUGGAAGGACCUAAUGGGACGAGUGCAAACAGCUGUGGAGGAAUUGUUUGGACCUUUGAAUCCACGCGAGGAUAUUAGUUUGGCCAAACUUUCUGAGUUGACCUUGCAAAUCCGAAAGAGGGUGGAAGGCAGUACCGAGGACGAGCGACGAUCUCAGAGGUGGCUUUCGUGCUUGCUUCCCCCGGCAGAGGACGAGGAGCAUGUCUUACGCGAGUCGGGCGUGGAAGGCGUAGCUGACCCGUCCUCCUCCCAGACAGCAACGAAACUGCGACAACUUCUAGAUGAGACAGCAGAUUUGAUUGACUCUCCGUCUUUCUCCCUCGUCCUCACACUUCUUAACAACGAGGGAUUCUCAACCCUUAUCGAUCAAAAAUGUGCUGCUGACGCCUUCAAGACGUUCACCUCCGCACCAGAGACUACCUUGCAGUCCUUCGAUUCAAUUGCCACUGUUGUGCCCCUGGCUGCUAACUCCGAGCGCAAGACAAAGCUUGCCAACCUCCUGGCCGUCAUGACUCGCCAGGCACAUGUGAUUGGCAAUGGUGUCCACCCACCUAAUGAGUAUCUGGUCGCCAUGGACCAGAACGUGCGUGAGCUCGAAGCCUUCUCUGCCGUGGUCUACAGUUCGAACUUUGACCUCGAGCUUCUUGGUGUCAAGAACGAAACGGCAUCGACCAGAGAGACAGAUGUGAUCGAUAAUGAAAUUGCCUCAUCGUCUUCCCCCCAAGGUAUCAUAGAGAAGGAAGUUGAAGCUGAUUUAAAGGCGGGGAGCACCGAGCCACAAUCACGCAGUUCCCUUCCCGAGGAAACAGUCUUCAAUGAGCCUGAGCCUUUGGCGGACUCAGCCUUUGAGGAGGCUUGGGGCAAGGCCACGGAUGACGAGAACACCUCCCAAACAGAGGAAACCCAGCCGACCCAAUAA